AUGUACGGCACGGGAACUGGCCCGCAGACGGGCGUCUCUACCCCUAGAACCUCCUCCUCCCUCCGGCCGCUCACCCUCUCCCAUGGAUCGCUAGAGACCUCGUUUCUGGUGCCCACGGGCCUCCACUACCACGCCUCCGAGCUCAAGGGCCGUUUCACAGCUGGUCUGCCAGCAGCUACAGACGAAUUAGCCCAGGAUGACGAACCCUCGUCGAUACCUGAGCUGGUUGCAAGAUACAUGGGCUUUGUGGCCCACGAAGUCGAAGAGGGCGAGGACGACUCGCAGGGCUCAUACGAAGAGGUGUUGAAGCUCGUCCUCAAUGAGUUCGAGCGCAUGUUCCUCCGGGGCAACGACGUCCACGCUGUGGCAAAGACCCUCCCCGGUAUCAUUGAGAAGCAGAUUGUUGUAGUGCGUUGCUACUAUGCAGCACGCUCAACAGCAAACCGCGCCAUCAGACCACACGAUUCGGCUUUAUUCCGAGCCGCCGACGAGGGCAGCGCCAAGAUUUUCAAUAUUUUCGGUGGACAAGGCAACAUUGUCGAGUACUUUGACGAGCUCAGAGAGGUGUACGAGACUUACCCCUCGUUCGUGGGCGAACUCGUCGCCUCGUCCGCCGAGCUGCUUCAGACCUUGUCCCUGGACCCCCGAGCUGAGAAGCUCUACGCUAAGGGCCUAGAUGUGAUGACCUGGCUUCACAACGCAGAUUCGACCCCGGAUGCUGACUACUUGAUCUCGUCUCCUGUCAGUCUGCCUCUUAUCGGUUUGGUCCAGCUCUGCCACUACCAGGUCCUUGCCAAGGGACUUGGGCUUCACCCUGGCAUCCUGCGGGACCGCCUCUCCGGCGCGACUGGUCACUCUCAAGGCAUCGUCGUUGCUGCUGCCACAGCCGCUGCGAGCGAUUGGGAGUCCUUUGAGAAGAGCGCCAAGGAUGCCUUGACCAUCUUGUUCUGGAUUGGUGCCCGCAGUCAACAGGUGUUCCCAAGGACAUCUCUGACCCCCAAGGUCCUGCAGGACUCGAUUGACAAUGGCGAGGGUGAGCCGACGCCUAUGCUUAGCAUCCGCGACCUGCCCCAGAGCGAGGUGCAGAAGCACAUUGAUGCUACCAACCAGUAUCUUCCCGAAGACCGCCACAUUUCGAUUUCUCUGAUAAACAGCCCCCGCAACAUGGUUGUGACUGGCCCGCCAAUCUCGCUGUACGGUCUCAACUUGCAGCUCCGAAAAGUCAAGGCACCGACCGGUCUCGAUCAAACUCGUAUCCCCCACACCGAGCGCAAGGUCCGCUUCGUCAACCGAUUCCUGCCCAUCACCGCGCCCUUCCACAGCCAGUACCUCACCGAGGCUACCAAGCUCAUUGAUGAGGAUUUGAAGGACAUCAAGAUCGACGCCAAGUCUCUCGGCAUUGCCGUAUUUAACACAUGUUCUGGAAAGGACCUUAGAGACGAGGUUAAGGGCGACAUCGUGCCGUCUUUGAUCCGCAUGAUUACCAGAGACCCCGUCAACUGGGAGAAGGCAACCAUUUUCUCUCAAGCGACACACAUCCUGGACUUCGGCCCGGGCGGUAUCUCCGGUCUAGGUAUCCUAACUAGCCGUAACAAGGAGGGUACCGGUGUGCGCGUCAUUUUGGCUGGCACGCUCAACGGAACCAUUCAGGAGGUUGGUUACAAGCCUGAGCUUUUCGAUCGUGAUGAGGAGCAUGCGAUUGUAUACGCCAAUGACUGGGUCAAGGAGUACGGCCCCAGGCUCGUAAAAACCUCCAAGGGUGAGACCUACGUCGACACCAAGAUGAGCAGGCUGCUAGGUAUACCACCCGUCAUGGUUGCCGGCAUGACUCCUUGCACGGUCCCUUGGGACUUUGUAGCUGCGACCAUGAAUGCUGGCUACCACAUUGAACUGGCUGGUGGCGGUUACUACAACGCCAAGACCAUGACUGAAGCCUUGACCAAGAUCGAGAAGGCAAUUCCCGCUGGACGCGGUAUCACCGUCAACCUGAUCUAUGUCAACCCUCGUGCAAUGGGAUGGCAAAUUCCCUUGAUUGGCAGACUUCGUGCCGAGGGUAUCCCAAUCGAGGGCCUGGCAAUUGGCGCUGGUGUCCCCUCUCUGGAGGUUGCCCAAGAGUACAUCGACACUCUCGGUUUGAAGCACAUUGCAUUCAAGCCCGGUUCCAUGGAAGCUAUCCAAGCAGUUAUCAACAUUGCCAAAGCAAACCCAACCUUCCCUAUCAUUCUGCAGUGGACCGGUGGACGAGGCGGCGGUCAUCACUCGUUCGAGGAUUUCCACCAGCCUAUCCUCCAGAUGUACGGCCGUAUCCGUCGAUACGACAACAUUAUCUUGGUUGCCGGAAGUGGUUUUGGCAGCUCUGAGGACACAUACCCAUACCUCACUGGUGAGUGGUCGAAAGACUACGGUUACCCGCCCAUGCCCUACGAUGGCUGCUUGUUCGGUAGCCGCAUGAUGGUUGCCAAGGAGGCGCAUACCAGCAAGAACGCCAAGCAAGCAAUCGUGGAUGCCGAAGGCUUGGAGGACAACCAAUGGGAGAAGACGUACAAGGGAGCAGCCGGAGGUGUGAUUACUGUCCGCUCGGAGAUGGGCGAGCCAAUCCACAAGCUGGCCACCAGAGGUGUCCUCUUCUGGGCUGAGAUGGAUCAGAAGAUCUUCUCUCUACCCAAGGAGAAGCGUGUCGCAGAGCUCAAGAAGAACCGUGAUUAUAUUAUCAAGAAGCUCAACGACGACUUCCAGAAAGUCUGGUUCGGCCGAAACUCCGCUGGCGAGACUUGUGAUCUUGAGGACAUGACCUACGCCGAAGUCGUCCGAAGACUAGUGGAGCUCCUCUAUGUCAAGCACCAGUCUCGAUGGAUCGACCCAUCGUACAUGAAGUUGACCGGUGAUUUCAUCCACCGUGUGGAGAGCCGUUUCACCACAUCCGCCGAUCAGCCUUCGAUGCUCCAGAGCUACUCGGACCUUAAGGAGCCCUUUGCCGCUGUUGACAAGAUCCUUGCUCGUUACCCAGAGGCUGAGUCGCAAAUCAUCAAUGCUCAGGAUGUCCAGCAUUUCUUGAUGCUCUGCCAACGACGUGGCCAGAAACCGACGACUUUCGUCCCCGCCCUUGAUGACAACUUUGAAUUCUUCUUCAAGAAAGACUCUCUGUGGCAGUCUGAGGACCUCGACGCCGUCAUUGGCCAAGAUGUCGGCAGAACUUGCAUUCUUCAGGGUCCCAUGGCCGCCAAGUACUCUACCAAGGUGGACGAGCCUAUCAAGGACAUCCUCGAUGGCAUCCACAAGGGUCACAUUUCAAGCCUGCUGAAGGAUGUCUACCAGGGCAAGCCAGAAACCAUCCCUUCCAUCGAGUAUUUCGGUGGCAAGCUCGUUGACACCGAGAUUCCUCUCGAUAUCGAGGGCCUAACUGUGUCAUACGAUGAUCACAAGAACACGUACCGGCUGUCUUCAUCGCCAGCGGUGGCGUUGCCAUCCAUUGAUGCAUGGCUGUCCUUGUUGGCCGGUCCGAACCGAUCCUGGCGAUAUGCUCUCUUCAUGUCAGAGGUUCUAGUCCAGGGCCAGAAGUACCAGACCAAUCCGAUGAGAAGAAUCUUCGCACCUGUCCGUGGCCUUUUCGUUGAGAUCCAGUACCCCAACGAUCCUACCAAGACCUCGAUCAUUGUGAAAGAGCAGCCAAGACACAACCACUACGUCGACGUCAUUGAGAUCACUUUGGAUGCCAAGAAGGAGAUCGUCGUGAACAUGAUCAAAGACACUACGGCGCUUAACAAGCCUGUAUCACUGCCGCUGCGUUUCACAUACCACCCUGAGGCUGGAUACGCACCGAUCCGUGAGGUCAUGGACGACCGCAACGAUCGUAUCAAGGAGUUUUACUGGCGAGCGUGGUUCGGCGAUGAGAAGCUUGACCUUGAUGCCCCUGUCACUGGUAAGUUCGACGGAGGCAGAGCUACCAUCACCGCCGAAGAUAUCAACGACUUUGUCCAUGCUGUCGGCAACACUGGGGAGGCUUUCGUCGACCGUCCCGGCAAGACUGUUUAUGCGCCUAUGGACUUCGCCAUCGUAGUUGGAUGGAAGGCUAUCACCAAGCCUAUCUUCCCUCGCAAGAUUGAUGGAGAUCUUCUCAAGCUUGUCCAUCUUUCCAACGGUUUCCGCAUGAUCCCUGGUGAAGAGCCACUGAAGAAGGGCGACCAAGUCGAGACAACUGCACAGAUCAACGCCGUUAUUAACCAGGAUUCUGGCAAGAUGGUUGAGGUCUGCGGUACUAUUACCAGGGACGGCAAGCCCGUCAUGGAGGUUACUUCCCAGUUUUUGUACCGGGGUGUCUACACCGACUUCGAAAACACCUUCCAGCGCAAGGUUGAGACCCCCAUGCAGGUGCACCUUGCCACCGCUAAGGACGUCGCUGUUCUGAAGUCGAAGGAAUGGUUCGUGCUUGAGGGCGAUGAGGAUCUUGUUGGUAAGACUUUGGUGUUCAGGCUCCAAAGUCUUAUCAAGUUCAAGAACAAGAACGUCUUCAGCAGCGUCGAGACCAGAGGUCAAGUCUUGCUGGAGCGACCUACCAAGCAGAUUGAUCAGGUUGCCAGCGUUGAGUACGUGGCUGGCGAUUCUCACGGCAACCCUGUGGUUGAUUACCUUGAACGCCAUGGAUCCUCCAUUGAGCAGCCUGUCAUUUUUGAGAACCCUAUCCCUCUCAGUGGCAAGACGCCUCUCCAGCUCAAGGCACCUGCCUCCAACGAGACUUAUGCCAAGGUCUCAGGCGACUACAACCCCAUCCACGUUUCUAGAGUGUUCUCUAGCUACGCCAACCUGCCUGGCACUAUCACUCACGGCAUGUACUCCAGUGCCGCCGUGCGAAGUCUCGUGGAGACCUGGGCCGCCGAAAACAAUGUCGGUCGUGUCCGUAGCUUCCACGCUUCUCUGACUGGUAUGGUCCUGCCCAAUGAUGACAUCCAAGUCAAGCUCCAGCACACUGCCAUGAUCGGUGGUCGCAAGAUCAUCAAGGUUGAGGCCAGCAACAAGGAAACUGAGGAGAAGGUACUCCUUGGUGAGGCCGAAAUUGAGCAGCCUGUCACAGCCUAUGUCUUCACCGGCCAGGGUUCGCAGGAACAGGGUAUGGGUAUGGAUCUGUACGACAGCAGUCCCGUCGCCAAGGAGGUGUGGGACAGAGCCGACAAGUACCUGCUUGACAACUAUGGCUUUUCCAUCACUGAUAUUGUGCGAAACAACCCCAAGGAGCUCACUGUUUACUUCGGUGGUCCUAAGGGCAAGGCUAUUCGUCAAAAGUACAUGGACAUGAAGUUUGAGACGGUCGCCCAGGACGGAUCUACUAAGUCCGAGAAGAUCUUCAAGGGCAUCACUGAGAAGACCACUUCGUAUACCUACCGAUCGCCUCAGGGUCUCCUGUCCGCAACUCAGUUCACCCAGCCCGCUCUGACCUUGAUGGAGAAGGCCAGCUUCGAGGAUAUGCGGGCGAAGGGUCUCGUUCCCCGUGACAGCACUUUCGCUGGUCACUCGCUGGGAGAGUACUCUGCCCUGGCAGCCUUGGCCGACGUUAUGCCUAUCGAGUCUCUUGUCUCGGUCGUCUUCUACCGUGGUUUGACCAUGCAAGUCGCUGUCGAGCGUGAUGCUGAUGGACGCUCGAACUACUCGAUGUGCGCUGUCAACCCCAGCCGUAUCUCCAAGACCUUCAAUGAGGAGGCUCUGCGGUUCGUCGUGGGCAACAUUGCUGAGGAAACCGGCUGGCUAUUGGAGAUUGUCAACUACAACAUCGCCAACAUGCAGUACGUGUGUGCCGGCGACCUUCGCGCACUUGACACCCUCACCAGCGUCACCAACUUCCUGAAGGCUCAGAAGGUCGAUAUUGUUCAAUUGAAGAACGAGCUCAGCGCUGAGGACGUCAAGAAGCACCUGGUUGACAUCAUCAAGGGUUGUGCUCAGCAGACUGAUGCUAAGCCCAAGCCUCUGGAGCUUCAGCGUGGCUUCGCAACGAUCCCGCUGCGUGGCAUUGACGUGCCCUUCCACUCGACCUUCUUGCGCUCUGGAGUCAAGCCCUUCCGAAGCUUCCUCAACACCCAGAUCAAGCAGACCAGUAUCGACCCUGCCAAGCUUAUUGGAAAGUACAUUCCGAACGUCACAGCCCGGCCAUUCGAGCUUACCAAGGAGUACUUUGAGAACGUGUAUGCUCUGACCAACUCGCCCAACAUCAAGGCGAUCCUUCAAAACUGGGAGUCGUACCAGGACGAUGCCCAGCCCAAUGGCGUUAAUGGAGUCAACGGGCAUGAUGAGGUGCAGGUUAACGGCCAGCACUAG